GUUUGAUCGAAUGAUAAAGGCAAUUCAUGUCAAGAGCUUUCGUUACUUUUAAGAUUCGGAAUUUCUGAUGAACUUGACGUGAAUGCUCUCUACCGAGCCGGGAAGAAAAACGGAUAUGGGCAUAAGAUGAAUUACGAUCGUGUAGCGGCUGAUAAUGAGUUGGUUUGGAUAUCGGAGGAGGGAACUCGAGGCAGUGAUGAGUGGAGAUUCAACAAAAGGAAGAUUCGGCAACAAGCGAUGCGCUACGUGCUAUCUACGCAACAUAAAGUGUGCAAGCAGCCAUCCUUCCGCAUCGUCGAGUGCCACAAAACAGCUCCCCCUGCUAGUCAUGAAGUUAUGGAUGAUAUGGCUUAGGACACGACUAGAACGGGGUCUUCCAGAAGGAAGCCUGUCCGAAAAGCUAGGAAAUGGAUUGUGUACUCUACUCGGCCAAAAGAUCGCCCCGCUACUAUGGUGCAUAGCCCGGCACAGACUGGCUACUACCAAGCGAGGUCCAAGUAUCAGUUCGACCUGCUAGACCUGUGCAUGUUCACCAAUGUGCACAUGGGCCGCGCAGCGGCCACAGUACUACACAACUCAAGGUUGAAGCUAAAAGAGUGGUUGCGGGCGCGGGAGCCGUCGUUUCUAGACUUUAUUCCUCUCCUGUACCCGACGAGCUCGUUGUUACGACAUGCGGUCGACUGCGUACUUGCCCGCGGCAGGAAGCUCCUUUGUCCAGACACCCAGGUUGCGGACGCUACAAUAUACGCACAAUACGGAAUGGCCCUCCAAGGGUUGCGGCAAGCCCUCCAUGACAAAAGCAGGGUCCUCGAUGCUGAUGUGCUAUGCUCGAUGGAAAUAAUGCAGCUUUUCGAGGUCCUUGACUUUAGAGAGUCCGGUUCCUGGACAAGGCACACGUCAGGAAUAUCAAACCUGAUCGCAAUGCGAGGGCCGAAAAUGUAUCGGACCACCCUCGAGCGUGCACUGCUGUUUUCGCAGCUUGAUACCGUUUUCGGAGAGGCCAUGCUUCAGAACAAGGACUGUUUUUUGGGCGACGCUGAAUGGCAACAGACUUUGCGCGAGAUCAUGGAGACGGACAGCCCGAUCGUGCCACCGCUGCUCGUUGGCAUCUGGGCUAUGCAAGCACGUCUGCCUCGUUUGAUAAGGCAGACCAGCGAACUUGUCCUCUCCGGCAGCUGUGACACGGAGAGCGCAGCUAUAGUCAACAUCAACUUGCGUCGCUUUCGAGAGAUGAGCUUGCGGUGGAGGACAUGGGCUUUGAGGUGCGCAAAUCGCUUCGGGCAGGAUUCAUCUAAGCUGCCAGAGAACUUGGCUAUUGCGUACGCGGGUGAUAUCAUUGCCAAUCGAGCUCUGGUAGCGCUUGGGCCACUACAUUUGAAAGCGGCGUCUUUGGAGGCCGAAACCUUGGAGCUCAGGGAGAAGAUUGUGCGGACUGCUCGCCAGCUACAGGAAUCAGCGGCGAGAGGUGACGCGUUGAUAGCGCGUACACUCCAAGUAGCGACGAUGGCAGAAGCAUGCCAUAAAGAUUUCAGCAAGGCCAUGAAUGGCGAUCCUGGAUACGUUGAUGAGAACACUGGAUAUGUCGCUCCUAAGGUAUGGCAGCACUUUAAUGGACUGAUGGGCCGCAAAGUCAUUCCAGGUCAUCUCGAUAGGGAAACCCUGCUUCGAGAACUUCGACAAACCGGAUGUUGGGUGUCCACUACAAAGCAACCAGAACAUUAUCUAGAUGGGACACUGUGGAAUAAUAGCAUUAGUCAAAUCGUGGAUCCCGUAACGCUGGCUUGAUAAAUACGACCUCCAGUUUCACAAGGACGGAUUGGAAACUUUGCUGCUGAGCUUUCUUGGACGGCGGACCACGACACACGCACAUACAUUUCCCAAAGACAUGCAACGUAGCGAUAGUAGGAAACGAUAUUUCUUUCUGAUUUCCGGGCAACCAUACCUAAUGUUGGCCCCUGCAUUUCUCGCAGUACUCAUAGAAUCGCUUCUCAUCGUCUCAGCAGCUUUCACUUCAGCUCCAAACAUGACGUUCGGACACGUGUAUCCUCUUCUCUUCUUUCAAAGCGUGCCGUUGAGAACAAAAGGGCCUAGAGCCGAAUUUUCUUUCCUGCUCAGAUAAUGAGGUAGGAUAGCGGCAAGACAACUCGGUGUGGACAGUACGAUAAUCGAGCUGAUGAAGGUUCUGAAUGCGUACAAUGAACCUACACGGAUUGCACCAAGGACAGUGCAGACGACUCCGUAAACAAUGCUCGCAUUGAAUGGGUUCUUGGAGCGGCUGGAAACCUGCCCAGUCCAGGUAGUGUGGUCUCGAACAAGUCUCCAUAAUAGGAGUCCGGAAGUGAUACAACAGCUGAUCAGUGCACUGACAGGCUGGCUGAGUGCCGAGCCAAGCUACGGAGGAGGUAUCAGCAGUUUUGGAUCGACGAGGUCGCAUAGCCGGCGGGACAACAUGGUGUUGAGGCGUUGUGUUCGACUCGAAGACACGAUUCCGACCGGCGCAGAUCUCGUUCACGACGCCUCGUCAAACGCUCACUACCUCGCGUUUUACGUCCACCCGGCCGAUGCGUCAGAGGGACACGUGCACACGGUCGCACUCGUUACAGGACUCUUCCGACCGUCUGUAAAAAGCUCGCACAGUCGGUGUCGGUUCUCUACUUCUUCCUCGAAGCCCCUCGAUGGCCCUCAAAUGCCACAGCAUGCGAGGUUCACGCAAGAAGAGAGGAGGAAAGGAAGGGGGGAGGGGUGCGUUGCAGGGGAAAGAAGAAGAAGAAGAAGAAGAAGAAGAUUAUGCUCCAUGCUCAAUUACUGUCGUAAAGCAUAAACUGUGCUGCUCUAAAGG